UCUCUCUUUUUUGAAUCUUCUCUGCAAAUAAAAAGUUGAGACAAAAGUGCUUCUUGGUCAUUGUGUCUCUCUACCCCUCUCAACUCCACAUCUCAUAUUCUCUUAUCUCCUUCUUCUUCUUCUUCUUCAACCUUCAACUUCACUGAAUCCUGCUCCUGUUCUCUGGGUGUGUUUUUCUUAAACAAUGGGGAGUUGUUUGAGUAAGAAAGAGAGUAGUUCUAGUACUACUACAACUUGUUCAGCUGUUACUGUUACUAAUAAAACAACUCCAUUACCAGAUCCACCAUCUAAAGAUGAAGAAAACAAGAAGAAACCAGCAAUCACCACCACCACUACCACCACCAUAACAGCAGCAACUACUACUAAAAACCCACAGGAGGAGAGUAAUAAUGGUGUGAUGAAAAAAGAAGUGUUUGUGAUUAAACAAAGAAGAAGUCAUGAAAGAAGACCAUCUGAAGGUAAAAUUACCAUCUCUACCCCUACUACUAGUAAUACCAAAGAAGACCCAUCUUCAUCUUCCUCUGGAGAAGGUGCUGGUAAUGGUAAUAAUGUUGUGGAAAGAAGUGGAGUAGUAAGAACAUCAAGCUGUACUAAAGAAGAAGUUGAUGCUAUACUGAUUCAAUGUGGUAGAUUAAGUCGGAGUUCAUCUGGUAAUAAUCUGAAUAAUAACAGUAAUACUCGGAAAUACUCUGGUUCUAAACGGAGUUAUGAUUUCGAUCAUGAUGCUAUUGAGAAAGGAAGCGAUGAUAUUGAUAAUGAUAAUGUUGGUAUUGAUGCUAAUUCUCAUCAUCAUCAGCGUCGUCAUUCAAGAUCUUCUCAUAGAAGAAAUUCAAGCAGGGAUAAAGAUGUUGAAGGGGGGUCAUCGACUAAGCGUUCUGGGAGUAGAGAAAAGAGGUCUUCAUCAAGAGAAGAAGAUAGAACUAGAAGCGGUGGUGGUAGUGGUAGUAGAAGGGUUAGUAGAUCCCCUGGAAGACGUUCAGAAACCCCUUCAUCUGCAAAUGCUGCUGGUGGUGCUGGUGUUACUGAGAAAUCAAGACCAGGAAAAAUGGUGUCGGUUCCUGCUUCCAAUCGCGUUGGUGGUGCUGAUUCGGGAACAAUAGCGGGUUCUGGUGUGAAAAGGGUUUCAGUGAGGAGAAGUGGAGAAAUUGGUAGGACUACAGCUGCUUCACCGAGAUCUCAAUCACCUGCUAAUGUUAGGGGGGCUGGUAACAAUGAGAACCACCAUCAACACCCACAUUCACUCAGUCGAAGUAACUCGAGGAAAGCCGAGCAUUCUCCUUAUAGAAGAAACCCCAUGGCUGAAAUUGAUGAUAAUUCCCAAAGACCUAAUGAAAAUACCAAUUUGAAGAACCAGAAAAUCAAAGACUGUGAGCCUACAUUGAACAAGAAAUCCUCAAUUUUGCAAUCUCAGCAGAAAUCUGAAUUGAAAACCCAAAGGGUUACUGAAGCUAUUGUGCAAGAGACUAAUACCAAUGGCAGUAGAGAUGUAAAGGAGAACAUUGGGUUAACAACAGGAGCUGCUGUAGGAGAAAGCUUGAAACCUCAUGGCAUUACAAGGACUAGGUCUGCCAGAAGGUCAAGGGAUUUCGAUCUCAACUCAGCUUUGGAACCUGACACUAUUCUUAAUCCUACAUCUUAUGCUUCUUUACUCUUGGAAGACAUCCAGAAUUUUCACCAGCAAAACACUACCACCACUACCCCUACAGCUGCAGCUGCCACAGCAACAGCUUUUACUCUCCCAGCUUGUGUCACUAAGGCUUGUUCUAUCCUAGAUGCUGUUGCUGAUCUCAAUUCGUGUGCUAGUUCUAAUAUCUCCAAUGAUGAUAGAAACUGUUUUGAAGUAUCUGAUAAUCGAUCUAACAACAACAAGAACUUCAGCAAGAGUACUACUAAUGCUGUUCCUUUCAAUCCACUCGGGAAAAAGAGAUUGGAUGCCAAAAAGAAAACUUAUGCGGAAUCUGAAUUAGUUGUGGGCAAUGAUGAAGAAAAGGAGGACCUCAUGGAGCCGAGUCUCCACAAAUACAUAACAGUAAGAAGGGGUGUUAAUAUUGUGAAUGAAGAAAUGGAUAUGGAACAGCAAGAAUCCUCAGGGAGUAACAGUGUUGUUGCUGCGCAACAUAAUUGGGCGUCUUCUUCGUCAUCCUGGGAACCAAAUUCUGCAGAUUCCACUGAUCGAUGGACUUCGAGAUCGAAUACAACAGGAGGAGAGCAAGAAGAGCUUAACUUGGUCAUCUCUGAGAAGGUGAAGCAACAGCAGAACAUCUCUGGAACACCAAUGAGGAGGAAGAAAGAGACUAAUGAGCUUCAAGGGAAGGUUAUUGGUGGUAAUGUUAGAGGUCAGAUGAGGAUUCCUAUUGCAGCUGCUUCAAUGUAAGAGUUUUAUCUUGAAUUCAAGAGUUUGAUGUUGAAGUUGCAAACUUGCAACAUUAGGCAGAAUUUGUAGGGUGUAGUUAAGGAAGACAUAUCUUAUUUCUUCUUGUUUGUUGCUUAUUCAAAUUAUUGUAUUUUCAAGAAAUUGUUUUCUUCAUUUGUAUCAAAUUAUCAUUAUCCAAUGUUUUCUGUUUAAAGUGGAUUUAUCUUGG